CUUUUUUCCCAUUUUAAAUACAAAGCAGAUUGGACCUGUCUCAAAAUAAUACAAUAUGCAAUCACCUCCUAUAUCACCUAAUUCUUUAUUCCAUAAUCACUAUUUGGUUACGACGCACUCGGUCUAUCAUUCAUGGCCAUUAGAUACAAGUGAGACAAAUACCUCCUAUGACAGCUGCCCAUUCCGAAUCCGUGUCAAUGGAAUACCACCGACGGGUACAAAAUCAAGAGUAGAAACACAAAUCAAACUAAGCAUUCAACUCAUUCCAAUCGACAAGACAACCAUACCAAGCUUACCUUGGAAAUACCUCCGUGUGCCAGAGUACCUCCUGGCCAGACCCAAACUGAAAAAAAUCGCUCAAAAACAAAAACUGAUGAAUGCGGAGGAUCCUUCAAACAUACUCGAUUUAGAAGCUAGAGUGAUAUGUGAGAGUAAUAAGCACAAAAAAAUCAAAAUGUGUCAAGGAUGCGUGCGACGUGAGAGAAAACGAGCCGAGCGUAAAAAGAAUGCAAUCUUGACAUCUAUUCAUAUUCAGCCUGGAACAGCCGUGGUUGAUGCAGAGUACGAGCGUGAUCGACAGCGCAUCCUUUUAUUCAAUUGCGAUCAUUUGCUCGAUUUCAACUUGCAUGACACCAUUUUGCCAACAAGAAUCACUUGCUACUGUCGCCAUCACGAUGAGCGCAUCGGAUUCCGUGUGUGGUUUGGUAUUAAGGACUGUAAAGGGAAUAUGGUUGCUGUAGGUCAGACGCCGCCAAUCAUGAUUACGGACGAUCACAAGACGGCAAAAAUGAAUUGCUCUCCAAGGCGUCGCUAUCGUCAACGACAGGUGGUAGAAUGUGAACCUUCGUCAGAAGAUGACGCGUCAAUCACUUCAGCACUUUCUAGAAUAUAUAGCAGCGUCAUGGCUCAACCGUGUGAUACUAAAAAUACACUGGAUACAUCAGACCCUUGGCAAACAGAAAAACUCACCAACCAAGCAAUAAGGCUAUUAGACGACACUGUCCGCGACUAUCAUAGUCAUGAUGUCAUGAUGCUGUCAGCCAAUACUGUGCUCGAUCAGUCCUGCGCUUAUCUCAAAUAUAUUGUUCCCUCACAAGGCUCUCUACUCGGAGGCGCCAAGGUCACUCUUGUCGGCUCUGGCUUUUGUCCGGACGUUGGCGUCAUGUUUGGCAACUCACAGGCAAUUCUCCUCGAUGUGUCAUCGACAUCGAUUACGUGCAUUACUCCUCCAGGAGAUCAUGUUGGGCCCGCCAAAAUCGCGUUCAAGAACUACUCAUUUGUCACAACAAAUAAUCAAGUAUCGAUAUUUAAUUACUUUGAUGACAGCGAACAAGCCCUAAUGAAUCUUUCCUACAAGAUCACGCAGACACCUAGUUCCAUACAGGACAUGUCCUAUGUACUGUCUCAGCGUAGUCCGAUAGAUUUAAUGGAAGUCGACAGCACCGGACAUACUCUCCUUCAUUACGCUGCUCACUUGAAUCAUAAUUAUCUCGCAAAGAUCCUUGUCACUCAAUGUCCCCAGCUUAUUCAUGUUCAAGACCAAAAUGGACUAACAGCUCUCUAUUUCGCUAUUCGAUCGAAAUCAACACACAUCGUCCAGAGUCUUGUCCAGCACGGUGCAGAUACACAUCUCUUGUCUUGGUAUGCCUGUAAAUUAGGCUUGCAAGGUUCAUCAACUGCAUUCAAGAAGGAUUCCAUUUGA